AUGACUUUUAAUCCGAACUCAGACGACCUUGAUAUUUAUGAUACGUCGGGUAUGUUCUUUCCAGCAACUGAAAAGAUCAAUCUUGAUGAUUCAAAACAUAAGGUCUUUGGACUGGAACCGGAAUUUGAAUAUUCAACAACAGAAUCACUGGUAUCGUCAGAUUCAGAACUAGAGGAAUUCCCGACAAGACCACUGGUAUCCCAGAUUCCGGAACCUGAAAGUUGUUCGAAAACAACAAAAGCAGUACUUAUAUUGCCAGACACGAGGGUCAUUGAUCCUGGGACUUCUCUGAAUCUGACUCCUCAAAUGAAUUUAAGACCAUCAGGGGCAAGAAUGGUCGACAAUAGACUGACCUUUACGAAAAUUGAAAAUAAAUCAGAAGUGAUGAAUGCACUUGCCAUUAAACUUGGACUUUCUCCCGCUCUCAAGUUUUACGAUGUCUGUUCAUUUACUGGAAUGAAUUCAUUGAAGAACAUACCUCGUCCUGUCUAUGCUCUCCUCUUUUCGAUACCUUUCACGUCUACGUGGAAUUCAAUUACACGUGCAAAGGAAAUGGCAAAACCGCCUUAUAAAGGGAGUGGACCUGAUCAACCUGUGAUUUGGUUCAAACAAGCAAUUGCUGAUGCUUAUGCUCACCAAGCUAUUGCUGCUUUGGGGGAUAAAGCAUCAUCAACAGGAAAAUUCGAGAAGCCGAGACGACAUUUUGUGGCUUUUGUAAGGGGUGAAGACGGGUGGUUAUGGGAGAUGGAUGGAACUAGAGGGGGACCUAUUCGUAGGGAGCCAAGAUUGGAAGAACAUGAAGAUCUUUUGACUGAUGAUAUAUUGAGAUUUUGUAUGAGAGGAUUUGUUGAUAGUGAUAGUGAUGAGGAUACUAUGUGUAGUUGCAUUGCCCUUGCUAAAGAUCCAACUGAGGUUGUAACUUUGCCUUUGAAUUCUCUUAAUCGCGGUCACUUAUGUAAUGAAAGAAGCGAAGGUGUGCAACCACGUACUUUUUGGGAUCCAGCUUGGUAUGGUACUGAUCAUUGGUCCCGAUGA